AUGACUUUGUCCUAUUUUCCACAGACAUCGACACAGACGCAAGAAUCGCAAUUUCAAUCGAUUUCACGUCGUUAUGUUCGGCAACUGGGUCAGUCAGCCUGGCAGUUGGCAUUGCGUUUUGGCAAAAGGACUACAAUCCAUGGUUUGGACAGAUUACUGGCCACACGGGCCAGUCGCUGGGAGCGUUUCAUCUGGUUGUGUACAUUCGUGUGUGCCUUUUUGGGUGCUGUCUAUGUGUGUUUGAUACUAUCGCAACGCUACAAUGAAGGACAUUUUCAAACUGUGGUGGAUAGCACACGAUAUCCGGUAUAUCGUAUACCAUUUCCAGUCAUUACAAUCUGUAAUAAUAAUCGCUUGAAUUGGCAGCGUCUGGCGGAGGCCAAACAAAAGUUUUUGCCCAAUGUCACAGAUACCUCACAAUUGGCGCUCUUUGAAACUAUUAUGGGUAGCUAUGACGAUGCAUACUUUGCUCAUUUUAAAUCCUUUGAAAGACUACGUAAUCAACCCACCGAACUUUUGAAUUACGUUAACUUUAGUCUGGUGGUGGAAUUUAUGAGUUGGCGUUGCGAUGAACUUCUCACGAAUUGCAAUUGGCGUCAUCAUGGUUACGAUUGUUGUGAGAUCUUCUCGAGGCGACGCAGUAAGAAUGGUCUGUGUUGGGCUUUCAAUUCAUUGGAAACCGCUGAAGGUCGCCGCAUGCAACUGUUGGAUCCUUUGUGGCCCUGGCGAACAGGUUCGGCGGGUCCAAUGAGCGCUUUGACUGUAAGGGUUCUACUCCAAACCGACAAAUUUUGGCCUGGCAGUCGAACUGAGAGGGGUAUUUCGGUUAUGGUUACCGAACCAUACGUUUGGCACAACAAUCCCUACAAGGUGCCAGCCAAUACGGAUACGGCUCUGGAAAUUGAACCAGUUAUUUAUUUCUACGAUAACGAUACUCGGGGAGUUCGCUCCAAUCAACGUCAAUGUGUUUUCGAUGAUGAACAUAAUAGUGAAGAUUUCAAGUCCCUGCAGGGUUACAUUUACAUGAUUGAAAAUUGUCAAUCGGAGUGUCAUCAGGAGUACUUGGUACGCUAUUGUAAUUGCACAGUGGACUUGCUUUUUCCACCGGGCCAAUAUCGUUCAUGCCGUUCCCAGGAUUUACUCUGCCUGGCGGAAAACAAUGACCAUCUUAAAUACUCACAUCAGCCUGGCGAAGAGACUUUUGUGCGCAACAAUUAUGAGGGCAUGGUCUGUAAAUGCUUUCGCAAUUGUUACUCACUGAACUACAUCAACGAUGUGCGCCCAUCCUUUCUACCACCGGAUGUAUAUGGCAAUUCCUCAUAUGUGGACUUGGAUGUGCAUUAUCGCUUUGAGACCAUAAUGGUGUAUCGCACUAGUCUAGUCUUUGGCUGGGUCGAUUUGAUGGUUAGUUUUGGUGGCAUUGCUGGGCUCUUUUUGGGAUGUUCGCUUAUUAGUGGCAUGGAAUUGGCCUACUUUAUAUUCAUUGAAGUGCCAGCCUUUGGUCUCGAGGGUAUACGGCAACGUUGGCAAUCACGGCAUCAGAGGACCACGCCCAUACUGAAUCUACGUCAGCAUACGCCCAGUCAGCUAAUGGAGAAUUAUCUAAUGCAGUUGAAGGCGGAGCAUUCGUCGAAACACAAACAGGCCAAUUUCCAAAAAUGGCAACGCUUAACAUUUACCCAUAAACAUCUUAUUAACAAGUGA